ACCUCUCUCUCUCUCUCUCUCUCUCCAAGGAGGCGCUCGGUUCACGGUUUGGUUCAGUUCACAGGUGAUUGCAAUGUUCUGGAUAUUUUUGUUAACAUUUGCCAUAUCUGAAAUGGCGAAUGGAUGCAGUACUAAAGCAAAUCAGAUUGACAGAUGUCCUGCAGAUGUAAUGACAACAGUUUAUGCCCUUGAAGGCGAACAUGCCCGCUUACGUUGUAGAUUGUGUGUCUCAUCUACUUGUCAUGCCAUGAAUGACCUUCAAACAAAUGGAUCUGCAAUUACUUGGUUUAAGGACCUACAUGGAAAUGGUAGUAUUGAACUUGUAGGAAGAACAGGCAGGUUUACUGUUGAAGGAUUCUUGCUCGGUUUUUGGCCUGCAACCUUGAAUGAUACUGGAAGAUACUUCUGUUUGUUCUUCAAUGGAACUCACAAUAUCAUGGGUGAAAACGUGACUUUGGAUGUUACACCAAUCAAUGAAGGUUGUUACACUGAAGAACUAACAUAUGAACGAGAUGCUGACAUUGGAACAUCUAUUGAAUUGCUUUGUCCACAAAUGGAAGAGUACCAGAAUAAUAAAGAAGAUCUGAAAUGGUACAAGGAUUGUCAGGAUUACAUUUACACAGGAUCAUCACUACUGUUUAAUAAACUUAAAAAAGAAAAUGCAGGAUAUUACACUUGUACACUUACACUUGAACAUUCAGGAGUACAAUACAAAACUACAAGGACAUUGACAUUGACAUUGAAAGAAUCUCCUGCCAAACCAAAUUUAAUUUACCCACUUGAAGAACGUAUUGAAGUGGUUUUAGGUGAAAAUAGAACAAUUAAUUGCACAGCUUUUGCUAACAGCACAAGGAGUCUACCGAUUCAGCUAAAUUGGUAUUUUAACAACUCCCCCGUGGCUACAUGUAAUCGAGCAAAGUCUGUGUGCAAGAGUUUUAGGAGAACUGACAUUAAAAACAACGGAAGAUAUACUAUACGUCCAUUGGUGUUUACUCAAAUUAAAGAGGAGCAUCUGAAUCAAAUCUUUAAUUGUGUUUUAACAACUCCCAACCACAUUGUUUCUGGAUACAUUAUUCUGCAAGAGAAAGGCAAGAGCAAUGUUCAUGGAGUUGUUAAAUUAUUAACUUCCAUUGUUGUACUUGUCUUUGUGGCGAUUGUGUGUCUAUAUUUCCAUGUACAAAUUGUCCUUUGCUUCAGAGAUGUCACUGGUAGAGAUGAUACUCUUGAAGACGGUAAGGAAUAUGACGCAUAUGUGUUACUCCUUGAGAGUAAAAAGACCCUCCUUGAUACUAAGGAAGAACAACAAUUUGCAUUGGAACUAUUACCUGCAAUUCUAGAAAAACAAUUUGGAUACCGACUGUGUAUAUUUGAACGUGAUGUUCCUCCAGGAGGAAGCUCUGCAGAUAAUAUACUUUCUUAUAUAAAGAAAUGCCGAAGAUUGAUUAUAAUUCUCUGUGAAGAAUAUUUGGACAAUCAAUGCAGCUCUACCUAUGAACUAAUGACUGGACUGUAUCAGGUAUUGGUUGAAAGAAAAAUAAAACCAAUACUUAUUGAAUUUAAACCUCUAAGCAGCCCUAAGUUACUACCAGAGUCACUUCAACUUGUUCUGAAGUCAAAAAGAAUUGUGAAAUGGAAGGGUAAUGAGCCGAUCUUGAAAAAUUCUUAUUUCUGGAAGAAGCUGCGAUACUUGAUGCCAGCUAAAGGUGGUCAACGAGUAAAACAUUCACAACAUAAUGUGGUUUUAUAAAACAAUGACUGACUGAAAUAAGUUAAAGGCUUCCAUCAUAGCUAAUAAUCAACCACUGAAGAUAGUAUCAAAUUGAAGAAGCCUUUCACUUAAUUCUGGUUCAUGCUUACGUAACCUUGGAGUAUCGGCACAAAGUAUCUGCAAUCCGAUUAUACGUAUAAAUGCAUCUAACUUGAUAUUUUAAUUUGUUAUGACUUGUGAAUCUCAAAUGCCAAUACAAAU